AUGGGUAAAAACACAGAUUUUUUUGGUUUUUGUUGUUAUCCAAUACCAAAAGAGUCGAUUCCUAUUGACGUUACCAAACCAAUAGAUAUAAUAGGUUUACCUAGUACUGGAUUUUUCUACCAAUCAUCCUAUAAUGAAUCUAAUAAUCAUAUUUUAUACCUUGGUGUAAAUUAUUCACCACACAACUCUGGACAGGUUGUGAUUGUGACCUAUGAUACAUUAUCGGGAGAAAUAACAUCUCGUACAGAUGCAAUAGAUGUUCUUGAUUUAUUACUAAAUUACUUUACUGCAUACUUUGUUAGCUAUCAAUACUCCACAUAUAUGUCAUUUGUAUUUGAUGAAAUCAAUGGAUUGUUUACUACAGUAUUAAGUAGAAAAACUAUCAGAGUUGCUAUUGUAAAUCUCAAUAUCUAUGAAUUCACCGAACAUAGUUUCCAAAACCCUCUUCCAGUAGAUAUGCAAACUUUCUUAAUGACAACUUCAUACACAGAUUAUCAUAUCGAUAUUAUAAUUAAAAAAAUAUUAAAUAAAAAAGUUUAUUGA